AUGGAGAAUCACCCACCAAAUCAGAAUCGCCCCCAAGUCUCGACCCGCUGCGGCAAGCCAAGCGAAGCAAGCGCCGAUGGCGAGGACUUGAUGAUCCUCGCCCGCGUCAUCCGCGUCGUGCAAGCGGAGGCGCAGGCGCAGGUCGAGCACGCCGUGGUCGGGGAAGCGGAGGCGCAGGUUGAGCACGCCGCGGUCGGGGAAGCCGCGCAGGCGCUGGCGGAGCAAGCCGCGGUCGAGGAAGCCGAGGACGCUGCGCAGGCGCAGGUGGAGCACGCCGCGGAAGGGGAAGCCGAGGAAGCCGCGCAGGCCGAGCAAGCCGCGGUCGGGGAAGCCGAGAACGCCGCGCAGGCGGAGCAAGCCGAGGUCGCCGCCGCGCGGGCGGAGCUGGAGGAGGGCGUCGUGCGCGUGGACGAGGUGCCGGCGGCGGCGGCGAACAACAUGGGAGAACCCGGCAUCACCAUCUCGGUCGCGCCACCGCCGCGGGUCACCUUCGUCACCGCGCGCCUCAGUUCCCUCCCCGACGACCUGAAGACCGACAUGAAUAUCGAGAGCGUUGGCCUCGUCUGCGACGGCUACACCGGCACCCGCAGACAACGCACCUACAAAUUCAGGAUCGCCGAGCUCAUGGUUGACACGGGUCGCAAUCCCUCGCUAGAGCUCGUCAUCUUCAGAUCGGACCGCAGCUAUUGGUUCUCGAUACCAGCAUUGAAGUCCCCCUUGGUUGAUUGGGAUCGCUACCGGAGGUGGGUACCCCAUGGUGCAGUCGCCGUCCACAGCACGGUCAUGUGGUUCGACCUGUCGUGGGGGGUCCUCAGCUGCGACGUCGAACAAGAGGACUUUCAAGUCUACUUCUACCGUCUCCCACGUGAUCGUGGUCUCCGGAGGGGCGGGGCCACGGAGGACAUCCACAGCAAGCGCUGCAUCGCAGUGAGCGGGGGCUUGCUGCGCUACGUGGAGAUCAUCAUCCCCGACCCCAACCCAAACGGCGAAGCAGCGACGGUGUCCAUGUGGUCUCUCCGAAUGGGUGACAAAGAGGAAGGACUGCAAUGGAUUGCGAACUACAGCGUGAGCUUCCAGGAGAUCUGGAACAACUACAGCUACGUCGUGACCGGGCUGCGGCCGGAGAUCCCCGUGCUCGCGGGCGUGUGCCCGGCGAACCCAGAUGUGGUCUACUUCGACCUGCACCACCGGCUCUUCGGCGUGAACGUCCCCGAGCGCAGAGUGGUGGACUACGAGGUCAACCAGCACGAGCUCGUGAACGUGCCUGAGGCGCCGCUGCCGCAGACGGGCUCCAGCCGCUACCUCCUCACUUGGAAUCUGCUGCGCCCAGGCAGAGCAACAGCCAUCAUUGGGCAUGUGUCACCCGACCUGCCGGAAGAUGGUUUUCCCGACGACCCCAAAGACCAAGAGCCACAGGAUCCGAAGGGGAAGGGGAGAUCGAAGGCGACGGAUGGUCGGCGGAAAUCGACGUCGGCGAGCAGCAGCAGGCCGAGCAAAGCGCUCUGCAUCAAAUGA